AUGCUGAAAAUAUCAAUUCUGAAGGUCGAGAACCCGUCCUGCCUCUGGGGUCGGGUCAUCAGUGGUGACACAGAGACGACAGAACAGUACGACAGUCUGAUGGUUCAGAUGAACCUCUUCUACCACGACGCAACACAGGACCUGCGCAAGCUGAAGCCCACAUCAAUAGAAGAGGGACAGGUGUGUGUGGUGUACUGGUCAGUGAUGAAGUCAUGGUGUCGGGCCGUGGUGGAGUCAAUCAUCAUGGACUCAGUGUCCUGUAAGGCUCGCUGCGUCCUGAUCGACCAUGGAGAACGGCUCGUCGUCCCCUCAGACCAGAUCCGAGUCGCCACAGAAAAGUUCCUCCAGCUGCCUUUCUGGGUGAGGAGGUUCCACCUGGCAGGAAUCAAACCAACAACCCUGCGAGUGUCUGUUUUUGAGGAGAAGGCAGAGCUUACUCCGUCCACUCAGUGGGACAGCUCAGCUACACUCUACCUGCACAACCUGCUACAAGCGUCGACUUGGACGGAGGCUGUGCUGCUCGAGUCUGAGUCAGACUCCACCUCCAUCGAGCUCUACCUCACCAUCGGGAACGUCAAGAUCUGUGUGAACGACGACCUGGUGGCCAAGAAGUUUGCAUAUUACAGCAGAGAGUCGGCUGAAAACAGUGGGAUGGACGAGGUGGACCGAUGUCCCGUCAUGCUGUCCUCAAACAUCUUAACCCAGACUGUGUCCACGAUCUCAAACACGCCAGCAGCACAAACCCAACCGGCUCCUGUGAUGUCACAAGGCGUGGUUGCAGCCGGAGCAGGUGAUUGGCUGAUGGCACCCUCUCCACCUCAGAGCCAACAUCAUGAGCUGGAGACGGGUGAGGGAGGCGGCAGGUCAGAUGUCACAGGAGAACUGACUCCAGGCAGCCAAUCAAAGAAGAGCUCUGACCCUGCUGCUGCAGAGAGUGACUCCUCAGACGACACAGACUCGUCUCUGGCUGCAGCUCUGACCAAAAACCUCAGUCUGUUCAAGUUCCUAAAGUUUCUGAAUCCUGGCAGCAGCUUCCAGCAGGCGGCUCAUAGUGUCAGUCAACAUGAAGAGCCGCAGGACUGUCGAGAGACGACCGCAGCCUCCAGCACCUGCACAGGACAGGAAGUCUCCGGUACGUCAGUCGAGUCAGAACCAGCGGAGGCAGAGAGGACGUGGAGGAGUGAGGAGGACCGGGCCUGUUCACGGCUUCUGGAGUGGUUGAACCCGGAGCCUCUGAACCCCGAUCCAGACGCUGUGGACGAUGUGGUUGUUCCCAGUGAUCCCAGGGGGAGUGGCAUCCUGGUGCACUCUGCCGUCCCAAUUGAGCCCUGCACCAGUCUGGAUGAUGCCCCCGUCACUGAUGCUCUCCGCUGGGUGCUGCGGAAGAAGCAGUACAGCGCUCUGUCUCCAGCCGACUGUUACAGCUGGCCAGCUGUGGCCCGAGGAUUCAACACCAUCAUCGUCUCCCACAAUGCCGACCAGCCGCUCAGCUACCUCGCCCCGCUCCUCACCCACAUCCUGCUCAACUCCAUCUUCAGCUCCCUCACCUCCAGCUCAGGGCCGAUAGCGGUGCUGCUGUGUCCAGGCUGGGAGAAGGUCCAGUCGGUGUAUGACCUGCUGGAGGAGAGCAAGCUCGCCCACACCCUCCACCCGGUCAUCGUGCUGCUGGGUGCCGGGACUGACGAGGCCAAGACCGUCAGGAUCCCAAAGAACUGCCUGCUGUUGGUGACCACCCCCUUCAGUCUGGUCCGUCUGCUGUCCUCUCACUGCUUCAUGUUCCUGCGUCUGUAUCAUCUGGUGCUGGACGGCGCCGACCAGCUCUUCACUCUUGCUCCAGACCAGAUGGCGACCAUCUUGCAGCAUUUCCAGAAGGUGACCUCCAGCGAGGAGAAGGCCUCCUGUCCUCAGCAGCUCGUUGCCGUGGCGAAGCGAUGGACCAGUCACAUGGAGGGUUUGUUAACCACUCACAUGCCGUACCCCUGCAUUGUCAUGACCGUCCCCGAGGAAGCUGCUCUCUACGGCAACGUUCAUCAGAUCAUCCUCAUGACUCUAGAGAGCAGUAAGAUAUCAGAGCUGCUCGGCACGUUGGAUUUCAACCCAGUCGUCGGCCAGAAAACUCUGAUCAUCGCCAACUCUGUGCAGGAAGUCGAGGAUGUGUUCAAGGCCGUCAGCAACAAAUCAGCGUUCUGCCUCAGGGCCCACGAGGAGUCGACGCACCAGCUCGACUUUGUCACCCAGCAGUGGAGGAAAGACAUCGGCCCUGGCACUCAUGUUAUUCUGGUGACCACCAACGAGUGUCUGAAGUGUUUUGGGAUCAGAGACGCAACUUGUGUCGUCCACUACAGCUUCCCCACUUCUCCCAAAGUGUUUGGCAGCCGACUCUUCUGCAUGGCGGAACGCUUCAGAAACCUCUCAGAGCGGUUUUACUCCCAGGAUCAAACAAACAGCUCCCGUCAUGACGCCCAGUCGGUGCUGCUGAUCUCUGAGAGGAACGCCCGUCAUGUCGUCGGGGUUCUGCGUUACCUGGGACGCACCGACGCCACGCUGCCCCCCGAGCUACAGUCCUUCGGCCAGGGCGUCCACGUGGCCCGGGAAGACCAGAAGACCAACAGGCCUCUGUGCAGCUACCUGAAGAGCUUCGGAGUCUGCAGAGACAGCAGCGCGUGUCCCGACCGUCACAGGUUCAUUUCCCAGCUGGAUCAGUCUGAGCUCCCUGCGUCUGGAGUCAUAGAGGUCGUACCUCUCUUCAUCAAGACGGCGUCGGUCUUCUACGGUCGUAUCGUCAGGAAACAGGACAGUGGUUUUGACGUCUUGGCGUCUGAGAUGGCGUCUUACUACGCCGAUAAGAAACCGGGAGCCACGGAGAUGCUGGAGGGAGGAUUAUACGCCGUGCAGGAGGAAGAGCUCUUCCACAGGGUGAAGAUCCUCUCUGUGCCCGUCAGAGGCGACUGCCUGUUUUUCAGGGUGCUCGUUCGGUUUGUCGACGUGGGAAAAGAGGAGGAGGUGAAAUCCCAUCAAAUCCUUCAGCUGCCGGAGCGGUUCCACUCUCUGCCCGGUCAGGCCGUGGAGAUCAUCGUCUGCAGGGUCAAACCAGCGGACGCCGAGAUCGACUGGCACCCAAAGGUCACCAGAGCCAUCAGCCAGAAGAUCCGAGGUCUGCAGCACCGAGCCAGAGCCGUUCACAGUCUGGGAAACACUGUCUUUGUUGAUCCCAUGGUCCGGGUGACUCAGGUCCCGGGUAUGAAAACUGUCAUCAACGAAUACAACGUCCAGUCUGAGAUCCUGAGUACUGGGAUGGGAGUUAGAAACCCGGAGCAUGUGGACCUGCUGAGGGCGCUGAGCCAGGAAGGCGGGGCCAGCGACGGGAAGGAGGCGGGCGACAUAUCUGGGUUGGGGGAUGACUCUGCGUCUCUGGAGAACAGGAUCAAAGCUGAGGAGGAAGUUCUGGCUGAAGUCUUCAGAGCGGCCGAGGUCAGGAAGCUCGCUGACCCUCUUCCACUCGAGCCAUGUGACCCACUGAGUCCAGAGUCUUCAGUGAACCACUUCCUGGUCCCAUCACCACCAGAACCUGAACUCCACCUGGGCCCUGUGUGUGAUAUCCGGUCAGAUAUCCAGGCUGCAGAUGAACAGAGAAACAACCACAGUUCUGGUCUGAAGUCAGCUGAACACACAGCGAGGAGCAGAGAUGGAGGAGAACUUUGCCCCAGAGCCGACCUCGCUGCUCGUCUCCACUCCUGUCAUAACGGUGACGAUGAACGCAGCAGCCACCAGGUCAACACUGUCACUAACGGAACAGACAGUGAUGACUCCACAAAAAGUUUCCAUCCUCAGGUGCGCUGGCACCAGACGUCCGACUCCGUGAUCGUCACCAUGAAGCUGAGGAACCCCGAGAGUCAGCGCUGUGACUUCUACCCAGACAGAGUCGUCUACAGUGGCAGAGUGAACGGCCGGUCCUACAGAGCCGACCUGGAGCUUCAGGUUAACGUCGCUGCGGACCGCUGCUGCUGGGAGAUGAAGUCCAAUGAGCCAGUCCUCAAACUGGUCAAACAACAGCAGGGAUCCUGGGAAAAACUCACCAGGAACAAGAAUAUUUUCGUGAGCUACGACAUGGAGCACUUUGAAGAGGAUGAGGACACAGCUCCAUGUGGUCAGUGGUUUGUGGCGAACACAGGAGAGGAGAACUGGUACGUGAACUCAGAGAGCGGCAGUGACAGUGACUGA